CGUCCCUUGCGGCGGCGGCGUCUGUACCGGGGGGUCGUAGUGGGAUCUUCAUGGUGCCUGUAUUCUCCACCAUAUGUGGUAACCCGGUACUCGAUUGGGCCGGGUUCCACGGAUAUACAUCACUUUUAGCAGGGGUUAAAGCCAUCCAAGGCAUUUAUUUAACAAUCAACUUAAACAAUCAAGGAGCUCGCAGUCUCUAGGGCCUCCGUGGGCCUCUAGCCUCUCGCGGACACGAGCACUUCCUCCUUGCUCCCGUUCCGUGCUGUGCCCUCUCCUGUCUGUCUUCGACCUCCUUUAUCAUGGCUCCUCUGCCACCGGCCAGGUGUCCCCCAAUCACAUCAACGGUCCUCCAACAUGUCAGGAACUGUGCAGACUCGUUCACCAUGGACAAGCCUGUCCAGGUUUACCCCAACACAAAGCCAUGGAUGAACAGAAAGGUGCUGCAGCUGCUCAGGGAGAGAGACUCCGCUUUCAGGUCAAAAGACAAGGCCCUCUAUAACAUCGCCAGGGCUAACUUGGACCGAGGCAUCAAAGAGGCCAAGGCGGAGUACAAGGGCAAGAUCGAAGACUGCUUCCGGAGCAACGACUCUAGGCGGGUGUGGCAGGGGGUCCAGCACAUGACCAACUUCAGAGCCAACAGGCUCUCCGCAAACGGGGAUAACUCACAGCUGGCGGAAGAGCUGAACUCCAUCUACGCACGGUUCGAGAUGGGGCCGGGGGGGGAAGCGACAUCACAACCCCCAAACCCACCUGCCCCCAGCAGCCUCACCCUCACAGAACAGGAGGUCAGACGCACGCUGAAGGCGGUGAACCCCAGAAAAGCAGCAGGGCCGGACGGCGUUCCGGGACGGGUGCUGAGGGACUGUGCUGACCAGCUGACCGGGGUCCUCACCAAGAUCUUUAAUCGGUCCCUGUCCCAGGCCAUCGUCCCACCCUGCCUGAAAACCUCUACAAUCAUCCCGGUCCCAAAGAAAAGCACUGUGAGCUGCCUCAACGACUACCGCCCGGUGGCACUCACACCCAUCACCAUGAAGUGCUUUGAAAAGCUAGUCCGUAGUCACAUCAUCUCAUCCAUGCCGCCCAGACUAGACCCACACCAGUUUGCCUACCGAGCCAACAGGUCCACAGGAGACGCCAUCGCGACGGCUCUCCACUCCCCCCUGUCCCACCUGGAGGAGAGGAGUAGCUACAUCAGAAUGCUCUUUGUAGACUUCAACUCGGCGUUCAACACCAUACUUCCGGCAGGCUGGAGUUUAAACUGACAAACCUGGGGCUACCACUCAACACCUGCACCUGGAUUAAGGACUUCCUGUCUGACCGCCCCCAGAGGGUGCACAUCCAGGAGGACCUGUCCUGGAGGACCAACACCACAGCCAUCAUUAAGAAGGCACAACAGCGACUCUAUUUCCUGAGAGUCCUCAGGAACUCCCACCUUAGGGAGGAGUUGCUUGUGACCUUCUACCGCUGUUCAGUGGAGAGCAUCAUCACCUACUGUAUCUGCGUGGGGUUCUCCAGUUGCACAGCUGCAGAGAGGAAG